AUGCUUCUCCCCCCGCUAGACGUCGCAGUCUAUCCAGUCUUCACUAUGAGUCGAGGCACACUUCCAGCUCGUCCUUCAUCCACCGUCUCAUCUUCCUCAUCGUCCUCAUCGACUUCGUCAAGAACAUCUAGUUCUACACCUGAUUUCUCCAACAUACAGGAACUUAUCUGGGCUCUUUUCCGUUCAUCAAAGAUCACAGUUGUACAAGCAGAACGCAUACAGGGACAUCUCCGACAAGUGUAUCUCACAAAAUUCGCAGACGGCAGUUCACUGGUGAUAAAAUGCCCGCCAUCACACGACAUUCGCCUUCUCCGCCAUGAAAGACAUCUUCUGGAAACUGAGCGGAGAACGCUAGAAACCCUACAUGAAUAUACACAACUCCCAGUUCCUCAUGUCAUAAAAUACGACAGCCAUGGAGGGCCUCUUGGCUCGCCUUUCCUCAUGACGAGCUCCAUCCCAGGGCGCAGAUUGUCAGAUCUGUUAUCGUGCUUAACCACGAACGAAAGAAAUGUAAUCGAUCGAACACUGGGUUGCUAUGUCCGUAAUCUCACCACAUUAUCCGCAACCCAGUUUGGCGUCACACAUCGUGUCUUCGCAAGCAAAGGAAGCUCGUCCUGGCGCGAAGCCUUUCUCGCGCUGUUGGAAGCCGCACUGCGUGAUGCUGAGGAUAUGCUCGUUACGAUCCCAUAUGAUAGUAUCCGAUACUACGUCGGCCGACAAAGCCACCUACUGGAUGAAGUCACCGAGCCCCGCCUCGUUGCUCUGAACGUGUGUAAUCCGCAGAACGUUCUCAUCGACGAGCGGACAAAACGCGUCACGGGUCUUGUGGGCUUUUCGAAUGUAAUCUGGGGGGAUCCGUUGAUGAGUGGAGGGAUCGAUGGGGGUAAUCCGGCCUUCUUCGAGGGGUUCGGGGAAUGUCCUUCGAAGACAGGUGGUCCCAAAGCAAGGCUCUUGAUGUACACAAUAUACAGAAACAUAGUGCGCGUUGUAGAGCACCAUUACCGCCCACAUCUCGAUAUCGACGAACUAGAUGCUCGUCGCGGACUGAACUAUGCGCUCAACGACCUUGCGCAGAUGUGA